CGCAAAUAACGAAUGGUGCCCUUCUUGUGCGUCCCUUUAAAAAAAUCAGGAAGUUGAAGUUACACUGUUGCAUUAUGGGAUGCGCAAUUCAUAUUUACUACACAGCAAUGACUGCUUUAAAACCAGCAAGACGGAAUGAGAAUUUGCAGCCUGGUGUGUAAAAUGCUGCACGCGGCAGCUGCAGACAGAAAUAAAGACCCGAUCCUUUCUGUAUUACAAAGCAAAGUGGCAUCAGGCAGACAUGUGAACGCAUUAGAAAUAUCUUCAGGCACAGGUCAGCACGUCAUUCACUUUGCCAAAGCAUUGCCUAAUGUUACAUGGCAACCAUCUGAAGUUGAUGCACAGUCCAUGUCGAGUAUAGAGGCUUAUAGACAGCACACUGGGCUGCAGAAUAUAAAGCCACCCAUCUAUCUUGAUGCCUCACAGAGUUGGGAGAACUGGAGCAGCAUUCAACCUGAGUCAUGUGACCUCAUUGUGAAUAUCAACAUGAUGCACAUCUCACCUCUGGCCUGCACAAAGGGUUUGUUUUAUGGCGUUGGAAAGAUACUCAAGCCCCAAGGAUUGCUUCUGACUUACGGGCCGUAUGCAGUCAACGGGUCGAUUACACCACAGAGCAAUGUUGACUUUGACCACAGCUUACGAUCAAGAAAUCCAGAUUGGGGUCUGAGAGAUAUAGCUAUGUUGACAUUGCUAGGCCAAGACAAUGGAUUGCGACUUGAGGAAAUUGUUGAUAUGCCUGCCAACAACAAGUGCCUACUGUUUCGCAAGGACAGCGUGGUUUGAUACAGGAUCUUAAUACAGUAUCAUAAGCAGUAGUAUUCUGGACUGUUUUAACUGUCUUGUCAUUAAAAAUAAUAGGAGGGAUUCUCUUAAAUUUGCUAUUACAAAGUUCAUUGAGUAAACUUGACAACAAGUUAGGUGGAGACAUCAUAUUUAUAGACAUAAUCCUAAAACAAAAGUAAAUGGGAGUAUCAGCAUUGCACAUGAUGCACGUUUGUGAGGUUCUGGUUUGUUUACAUUCCUGAUUGUCAUUACAAUAAUAAAUAAAUAUUAUAUGUUUAGUCUUCCUUCUCAAGUGAUUUAAAUAUUUUGUCUAUUUACAAUGCUUGUGAACCCUGACCUAUUCAAAAGAAAAUAACAAAAGACUAUUGAUUAUCAAUAAAUGUAAAGGACACAAUGACGAUGAGGUUGGACUGAAUUCCAGUUCCUGAUCUACAGAAUAGUUUCAUAUUUACAUUGCUAAAAUACAAUACAGUUUUACUGUAAACCUUAUUUACAUGUAAAGUAUUUACAUUUUAUCAAACUGAGUAAGUAGCCUUCAAAUUCAUUAAUUUAGAUGUAUAUUUUAUAACAAUACUAAGUUUCUGUUAAAAUAUCUGAUAAUGUAUUACUGGGGUGAAUAUCAUUUCUAUAUUCAAAAAUAUUUAUAAAAGUCAUCAAAGCAACUGUGUGUAUAAACUUUUUGUCUGACACUUGUGUUUAACUAGUAAAAGGUUUUUAUGUGUUGCUGUUACAAGCUAAAUUACUCUUAU